AUGGAGUCUCAACAGGAAAGCUCCAACCUCGGGGCGUUACCUUCCACAACCUCCCGCAAUAUCUCGUCUUCUUCCUCUGCAUUCGUCUCUGCAAGCCAGUCUCCUUUCUUCUCUCCGCGGUCCCCGGCCUCCGUGGUGCCCCCACCUGAAAACCCGAGCUCCUCCAUUGCUGGCUCACAAAACGGUCUCAGUGGACGCUGGCCCUCCACAAGCAUUCUUCCUCCUCAAGCAAGCAGGGGGCCCUGUAAUCUCGAAGACUCCUGGCGGGUGCUUGGGCCUCCUGCCGCGCCGUCCCCUCCGUCUAAUAUCAGCAAUGGCCGCGACAAUGAUCACUGGGAUCAUAGAGUCAAACAGAAGAGGGCUGGGAAAAGGCUUGGAGACCCUCAUUUUCCUCAUCCGUCGGCAGCUCUUUCUUCCACCGGCAGGCAGGGGAGCAGCGACGUCUACAUGGGCUUCCAUGGUCGUAAGCCUUCAUUGAUCAGAUUCGCCAACUGGCUUCGCGCAGAGCUGGAGAUCCAAGGGAUGAGCUGCUUCUCGGCCGAUCGAGCCCGGUGCAAGAACGCCCGUAGCCACGAGCUGGUCGAGAGGGCGAUGAGGGACGCUGCUUUCGGCGUGGUGAUCCUGACCAAGAAAUCCUUCGCCAAUCCGCACAGCAUCGACGAGCUCAGAUCCUUCCUGGAGAGGAAGAACCUGGUGCCUGUGUUCUUCGACCUCGGCGCCAGCGACUGCCUCGCUAGAGACGUCGUGGAGAGAAGGGGAGACGUCUGGGACAGGCAUGGCGGAGAACUGUGGACGCAGUACGGCGGUGAUGAACGACAAUGGAGGGAUGCGGUCAACGGCCUGGCCCGCUUGGAGAGCCCGAAGCUGGAGGCGCACGAAGGGAACUGGAGGGACUGCGUCGUGAGGUCGGUGGUCCUAUUGGCCACCAAGCUGGGGAGGAGGAGCGCGGUGGAGAGGGUCAACAGAUGGCGGCAGAGGGCCGAGAAGGGAGAGUUCCCCUUCCCCAGGAUGGAAAACUUCGUCGGGAGGAAAAAAGAGCUCUCCGAGCUGGAGCUUAUCCUGUUCGGCGACGUCCAUGGAGAUGGGCAGGAGGAGUACUUCGAGCUCAAGACUCGGCGCCGGCGGAGGAAUCCGGCGGCCGCCGGCAAGGGGAAGGAACCCAUGGUGUGGAAAGAGUCGGAGAGAGAGAUUGAGAUGCAAAAAGUGGAGAGCCACACGCUCGGUCCGAGGACCAAGGGCGCCGGCCACCACGGGCGAUGGAGCAAGUCAACCAGUAUCAUGUACGGGAAGGGUAUCGCCUGCAUCUCCGGGGAAGCCGGGAUAGGGAAGACGGAGCUCCUCUUGGAGUAUGCUUACAGGUUUUCUCAGAGAUACAAGAUGGUCCUGUGGCUCGGCGGCGAAUCAAGGCACGUCCGGCAGAAUUACCUGAACCUGAGAUCCUUCCUGGAAGUCGACGUUAGCGUGGAGAGCGGCAGCCUGGAGAGAGGGAGGGCGAGGUGCUUCGAGGAGCAGGAGGAAGAUGCCGUCGCCAGGGUGAGGAGGGAGCUAAUGCGGGACAUUCCCUUCCUGAUCGUCAUCGACAACCUGGAGAGGGAGGAAGACUGGUUCGAUCGGAAGAGCAUCAUGGACCUUCUCCCCCGCUUCGGCGGAGAAGCACACAUCAUCAUCUCCACGCGCCUCCCGCGGGUGAUGAACCUGGAGCCGAUGAAGCUUUCUUAUCUCUCCGGUGUGGAGGCGAUGGCGCUGAUGAAGGGAUCUCUCAAGGAUUAUCCCGCCGGUGAGCUCGACGCCCUCCGGGCAAUGGAGGAGAGACUCGGGCGACUCACCCUUGGGCUCUCCAUCGUGGGGUCCAUCCUCUCCGAGCUCCCCAUAAGCCCGAGCAGGCUCCUGGACACUGUCAACAGGACGCCGGCGAGGUACCGGUGGAGCGACGGCGGCGAUCCCUCCCUCCCACAGGGGCACCCCUUCUUCACGCAGCUGCUGGACGUCUGCCUCUCCAUCUUCAACCACGCCGGCGGGCCGCGGAAUCUGGCCGCGAGAAUGGUGCAGGUGAGCGGCUGGUUCGCUCCGGCCGCCGUUCCGAUCCCCCUACUGGCUUUGGCGGCACACAGGAUCCGGGAGAAGCCCCACGGCGGCCGACUAUGGAGGCAAUGGGCCUCCUCCAUGAGCUGCGGCCUCGCUGCCACUCACGUCAGGAGAUCAGAAGACGAGGCGUCGUCCAUGCUGGUCAGGUUUGGCAUCGCCAGAGGCUGCACUAAGCCAGCUUGCCUCCAUUUCCACGACGACGUGAAGCUCUACGCUCGCCGGCUUGCCGCCGGCGACGCCGCCGCACUGGCGGCGGUGCGAGCGGUCAGUCUCCAGGGAUCGGUCUCCCUCCACCCUGACCACAUCUGGGCCGCCUGCUUCCUCCUGUUCGGCUUCGGGGUCGACCCCGUGGUCGUCAAACUCGCGCCCUCCGAGCUUCUUCUCUUCGUGAAGCGGGCCGUGCUCCCCCUCGGCAUCCACACCUUUGUUACCUUCUCCCGCUGCGCCGCCGCCCUGGAGCUCCUCCGCCUCUGCACCGCCGCCGUAGAAGCCGCCGCGGAAACCCUAAUCUCCCGCAACGACGACGACAACCGGCUCGACGGGCCCGCCUGCUGCGCGAGGGCUUCUGCGCAGACGGCCAUGCGCCUGUGGCAGGACCUGGUGCUCCUCCGUGCCGCCGUCCUGGAAACCAGGGCGAAGCUGAUGCUCCGCGGAGGGCAGUACGACGCGGCGGACGAACUCAUCCGCAAGGCCAUCUUCAUCCGAACGUCCAUCUCCGGCGAGCACCACCCGGACACCGUCGCCGCACGGGAAACCCUCAGCAAGCUCACCCGGCUCCUCACCAAAGCGCAUCUCAGCUGA